UCUUCGUGUCAUCACCAGGUGGUACACUAAUAGAGAAACUGUAUUACCUGAAAAGUCUUUUAGAGGCCAGAAAUAAACUGAUUGUUACGAUAAGCCUAUCCAAGAUGAAUGGUUGUAUUCAGACUUCACAAUUCAGAAAAGGUACAAUACAACCUGAGCCAUUCUGUUCCUGUGUAAAUAGUAAUGGUGAUAUAAGGAACAAGCUAUCUUGCUCCUGUGGUGAAGAAUUGGGAGUACAUGAAUGGGAAUGGGACGGAACGUCGUCUGACUCUCGAUUGAUCUUGGAUGGCCGAGAAGUCCUCUUUCAUCCAUACUACAGUUCUGGUACAGCUGCUGUACGAGGAAGCAGACCUUGUGUCAGAGGAAAUGAUUAUUAUUGGGAGAUAAAAGUGCUUACGCCAUUGUGUGGGACUGAUGUUAUGAUUGGUGUGGGUACAGAUAAGGUUGACCUUGUGGCAUCAGAAUUUCAGUUUUUCAGCCUGCUAGGGUCUGAUGAGGAAUCGUGGGGAUAUUCAUAUAAGGGUUAUAUUCAACACAAAGGCAAAAUGCAGCCAUAUGGUCGACCAUAUGGUUGUGGCAGCAUUAUUGGUGUACAUUUGGAUAUGUGGAAAGGAACAUUACAGUUUUACCUGAAUCGGAAGCCACUUGGAGUAGCUUUUAGUUCACUGGGUGGCCAAACUCUGUACCCCAUGUUAUCCUCAACUGCUGCGAAGACUGCAUUGAAAGUCAUAUACUGCUCUUCUUUGCCAUCCACUUUGCAGCUCCUAAGCUUAAAAUCUCUCAGCACUGACUCAGAGAUGAUGAAAAUACUUAAGGCAAUUCCAUUCUUAAGGUCUCAGAUUGAGAGAGAGUAUUGGUGGCUUAUCCCACCAGAGCGAAAUGCAAGAUCUGCAGCCGAUUCUGCAGAAUGCUGUACGAUGGAAAUAUCUGAAGAUGGUGUUCCCAAGAACGGGGAGGACUAUGAUAGUGAUGAAGAUGAAGAUGAAAGCUUGGCUUCGUUUUGUGCACGUAUGUCACAUACUUUAAGUAGCUCAUCACAAGAAACAGUGCUUGCGAAAAAUGAUGCAAGUGACAAGAGAAAGCAUGUGCCCACCCAAAACGGCUGUGAAAUAGAGCCAUGUCUGUUUUGUAAUCAGUGUGAUACACAUGUGAGCACUGAGGGAACACUAUCAACAAACAGUAAGAAACUUUGUAUUACCUGUGAUGUUAUUAUAUAAUUGUAUACAUAAGUUAGUAAUUUUGAUGAGUACAUGUUUUAACCGCACACGCGUAUCUAGAUGGAGUACACUGACCUGGAUCGGAGACUAUCUAGAAGUGCGCUGUAGAUCUGGUAGUCUAGUUGGCGGCUACGUCCUUCUUGAUAACGCCUCCGCGAAUGGAAUAUCUCAGGGUUUAUUGGGCUAGUUGAUAAGAGGUGUUAUCAUUGAAUGUUUUAAAGCUUUCGGGUAGAGUCAUGGAUUCUUUCCUCAGGGACGUUUAGGGCCUCGCUUCAAAGGGGUGGGAAGGAGAUGUCCUGGAUUCGACUCUCCGUGUUAGCGGAGUCAGGUACAGUAACGCACUGUUUACUGGGUUUAAGUUUUGCACAACUUAAUUUAUUACACUUAAAAAAUGCAAUCGCACUGGUUAAGAUGUUUACGACACUGACACUGGCAUCGUGUUGAUCGCUUAUUAGCGAUCGUAGAACUAUAUCUUAUAUACAUGAACUGGUUUACACUGUUGCACUGUUAGUUAGCUUGUAGCUAGGGAUCACUUCUUUAGAACGUUAUGUAGAUUCGAGCUUAUACUCAUAGCUUGUUACACUUCGAAGAAUUAAAAGAACGUUUACAUUUAAUCGGUCCCAGCGUUGAUGUACUAUCAACUGUAGAAUGAUUGUUGGAGUUAG